UGUUGCAAGGCGUUGCCCGCAGACUCAGUAGCCCCAUAUCGUCUUUUCCCAACACCUUGUCACAGUUAUACCUCUUCCCCUGAACGACAAAAUAUCCUUGUUCCCUUGAACAAUGUACGCCUCCGUCGAGGCUCUGCUUGACUUCGAGCCGAAGUUGCCCUCAGACGAAUCUCUACUGUCAACACUUUACAAGAAUGCGCCUCUAGAAUCCCCCCUGCAAACCACGCUGAUAACCAUCCUUUGCGCUGAGAGGAAAGACCAUCUGCAGGGCCUCAACGCGGAGAUCGCUCUCUUGACCGACGCCCUCUCGCGACUCAAAGAGCAGAAGAAGAGAGUCAGGGCCCAGCUACAUGUCUGCUCGUCGGCCAUACAUUCGCCCAUCCGCGCCUUACCCGCCGAUGUCAUGUGUGAUAUACUCUCACUUGCCGUUAAUUUGGAAAGAUCGUCGCCAACCGCAUGCUCACUGCUCAGGCUGACCCAAGUCUGUCGUGGGUGGCGCCAGGCUAUGCACGACAUGCCGUCCCUCUGGCGAGAGCUGCUUCUGUCAUGGAAUCUCCUCGAAAACGAUGCUGACGCGUGGCGUAUUCAAGUAUGUCACCCUUGGGACGAAAGCGACGACAGCAUCGACGAGGAGGUAGAAAAUCAUGUGGCUGGCAUCGGAGACAUCCUGGGCCACCAAGUGACUUUCCCGACGCACAUGAUACGUGAUCUGCGCCUCGUAGGGAACGCAGAAAUUAUGCUGCCUCACAUAGUCCCUCUACCUCGUGACGCGUUCCCUGUGCUCGAACGUUUGCACCUCAGGUUUCACGAACCCAGAUAUGAUCGUGGCUUCACUCCUUCCAUCGUCGCGUUUGCCGAGUCAACGCGACUAUGGCACUUGCGCUUCGAGGAUCAUAUUCCCGACCUCUUGUACGACCACCUUCACCGCCAGAGCUUGACUGACGUGCACCUGAGCCUUUUCGAGCCUGUUCUCAGCCGGCUCGUGUUCUUGCGUCAAUGUCCGCACCUCGAACACCUUGACUUCGAGUCCAGGAAAUCACCAGCGACCUGGUCUAGCAGCUCUGACGAUCUUGUUACACUGGGUCGCUUGCAUUCUCUGUCCUUGCGCGGGCACCGGUGUCAUUCCCUCACAGAAAGAAUCAGUACACCCAAUCUUCAAGCUUUCUCUUGGUACGGAGCGACGCAAGAACCCGGUCCUGACAUGCUGUCGUUCCUCGAACGCGCACCUCAUAUAUCCUCGUUCGCACUGGACGAGGUCGCCUACAAGCAGAGGAACGCGGAUGGGGACCUUGGGGUAUCGCUUCUGCGCCGCCUCCCGCGUGUCAAGCGCCUAGGAUUCGCUGUAUACGAUCCGUCGCUAUUGUGUGUCUUCAAAGCGUUGCAUAUACGGCCAGGGGAGGAUGCCCUUGCCCCAGACCUCCAGGAACUCGUGCUGGAUCGUGUCAUAAUCGGCGAAGGUCACGGUUGCGCCAACUCCUUCGUCAAUAUGAUUCGCUCGCGAUGGCAGUCAUCGCAAUACCGGAUUCGCCGGCUGGUAUAUCGCAAUCGUCUGAAGGAUGACAGGAUAAUGGAAGUGCUGCAAAAUCUCUCGGAUGAAGGGCUCGAGGUCGAGCUUUGAAGCUGAUGUUGCGGUCAUCAUCUACACGCGGACUCGGACAAGGGUGAUCUUAGACACCUCUUCUUUGAAUUUGUAGGCAUAUGGCAAGUACUAUAUAAGCUUCAAAUUGACAUCGCU